AUGUCCUCUCGGGCAGGCCAGAAACGCGCAGCCGUCCAAAAUGCAGAAUCUUCUUCUUCAUCAUCAUUACCCACGCAGCACAAAUCCAAGAAGACACGUUUCGUGGAACCAGCCGAGGAUCCAUCCGUGUUUGAAGAGCAGGUGGACUCAGCACUCGAAGGCCCAUCGCGGAAAGGAAAGGUCAAGACAGACGGCUACGACUCUGACUCUACCGAUGAUGGAGAGGGCGUCGUCUCCAGCCGAAAGAAAGGAAAAGAUGAGGAUGAGGAUGUCGAUGAUAUGUUCGCGACUGGGGAAACGGAAGAGAAGGAGGAGACAAAUGCAAAGAAGGGCGACAAGUACAUGCGACUCGCCGACAUCGAGGGCCAGGAAUUCGGCAAUGGGUCACAAUCUGGCAGCGAGUCCGAAGGAUCAGACGAACCAGAAGACGAGGACGAUGCUGAACGACGUAAGAAGGCUGGUAUGGGCUAUGAAAUCUCAUCGUUCAACAUGCGGGAAGAGAUGGAGGAGGGUAAGUUCACGGAAGACGGUAGCUACGUGAGGUCAUUCGAUCCGCACGGCGUCCACGACCGUUGGAUGGAGGAUCUCGAUGAGAGGGAGAUCAAACUCGCCAGACGUCGGAAACGAGAGCAAGACAGGAAGCAGAAGGAAAGAAUGCAGGCUGAAGAAAAGGAGCUCGAAGAAAGCGGUGGCAAGAGCUCCAUGGAACGCGAUCUUUUGGCCAAGCUGAAGAAGGGUGAAACUGUGUUGGAGGCUCUCCAAAGGCUAGGUUCUCUCACCAAAAAGAAGCAAUCAAGCAAUAAAACAAAAUACAAAUCGGCGGAGGAUGACAAGAUGCUGGUCGACAAACACCCCGUCAAAGCUCCGAACGAUGUUGAAUACAUCACUCAUCUGGCGUCCAACCUCAUGUCUCUUGGUGACACCGAUAUUUACAACAAAACCUACGAAGAACUAGUGCGAAGCGUCCGCGCCUCUGGAAUUGUGGAUGUAAAUUGGGAAGCGCCUUCCGCCGACAUAAGAUACGAAUUCAAAUGGAGUGCACCUGAAGCAGGCUCGACAGGCGAGAUCUUUGGUCCGUUCGGAGAGGAAGAGCUCAAAUCGUGGUUUAAUGCUUCAUACUUUGGUGCGAACGGGGAAAAGGUGAAGGUUCGGCAAGUGGGGGUGGGGGUGAGUUCAGAAUGGGGCAACUGGGAAGAUAUUGUUCAAUAA